AUCACAGCAAAUCUAAAAGUUUAAUUUGUCAUGGGAAGUAAAGUAAAAUUGUAAGAGUAUACUGAGGGCUUAGUAACGUGCCACCUUAAGACAUAUGUACUUACCUGCCAGUUCACUAACUGCGUAAGGCUGGCGGCACUUCUUGCGCAUGUUGGUGUGCACAAAAUUCACAACAUCAGGGCGAAUUGGAGACUUAAACACAGCAGGCAUUACAACAUUUUUGCCUGAGGAUUAUCCUUUCUCAGAAUAAACCGAGAUCAGGUGUCGGGCACAGGCCUGUGAUGGGAAAUGAAGAAAAGCACUCAGACAAAUACAUACUGGUGGAUUUGGUGUGCAUAUCCUGUAAGAUGCAAUGGUCCUAUAAUGCGUUACUUAACUUGAAGCGGUGUCCAGCAAGUCCUCCCCAAAGCCACGGCCUCCUGGGCGACCAGGCAGCUGUAAGUCUGAGAUGACACUGGUUCAUCCUGACUUUUUUUUUAUUUUUUUAUAUAUAAAUAACAGCAGCCUCAACUGAAAUGAUUCCAAAUAGAGUUGAAAUUGUUUGCCACAGUAAAUUAAGUACAGCAUUGUCAUGAAGGGACAACUGCUUGUGACCUUGAGUGAUAUUUGGUGCAGAAAAUGCAUCAAAUAAUUUUUGUUUCCCCCAACAGCAUACGGACCUGACAGCAGACCUCCAAUGGCUAUAUUUGAGCUGCUCGAUUAUAUAGUAAAUGAGCCUCCACCAAAGCUACCUGGAAUAUUUAGCUCUGAAUUUCAAGACUUUGUGAAUAAAUGUUUGAUUAAAAACCCAGCAGAGCGAGCAGACCUGAAACAGUUGAUGGUGCAUCCUUUUAUCAAACAGUCCGAGGCAGAGCAGGUCGACUUUGCUGGCUGGUUGUGCAGCACCAUUGGACUCAAUCAGCCUGUGACACCCACCAAUGGCAACGCAGUGUGAGAUCUGUUCUGGCGACAAACACAUUCCAAGGCCCUGACUGGAUUUGUAUUAUGGGUAAUAUGUAUGUUUAUACCAAGUACUCAAAAUGUUGUGCAAUCAAUAGAUAUAUAUUCAGUGUACAAACCCACAUGCCAAGUGAAAUUAACUGUAUUGAACAAUUCUUUGGGCUAUAUUGCAGGCCUGCCUGAAAAGCCAUCUUUUUCUAAUGAUCAGAUUAUUUAAUCAUGACAAAUGCUGCUCAGCCUGUGUGCUUGACAUUCCUGUUUUUACCCUCAUGUCCUUUCAGCACCAAUAGAUUAAAUCUUUGUUAGCUUAUGUGUAAGUCUUGUGAAUUAAAAUUUUGAAUGAGA